AUGGAUUCCGCGGAAAGACACUCCGUGCAUAUUUCGUGUCUUUUUCCCGAAAUUCUCGCUAUAAUCUUCACAUAUUUGGACGUCAAGGAAAAGGGACGUGCGGUGCAGGUCUGUACGGCCUGGCGGGAUGCAGGGUAUCACCGUGUCGUAUGGAGGGGAGUAGAGGCGAAGCUGCAUUUGCGUCGCGCCAAUCCCUCUUUGUUUCCAAGUCUUGUUCGCAGAGGGAUUUCUCGGAUUCAAAUCCUCAGUUUGCGGCGGAGUUUGAAAGACGUCGUUGCUGGUAUCCCAAACCUCCAAAGCCUGAAUCUCAGUGGCUGUUAUAAUGUAACCGAUGUGGCAUUGGCUAAUGCAUUUAGCCACGAAAUUCCCUCCCUUAUCGAACUCAAUCUGAGCCUAUGUAAACAAAUAACUGACAGCAGCCUAGCAAAGAUUUGCCAGUGGUUAAAAAAUCUGGAGGUGCUAGAACUUGGAGGCUGCACUAAUGUUACUAACACUGGCCUCUUAUUAUGUGCCUGGGGCAUUCGUAAACUACGCCGGUUAAAUUUGCGGAGUUGCCGACAAGUUGGUGAUCAAGGGAUCGGACACUUGGCUGGUAACAUUUCGCAUACUGCUACUGGAACUUUGGCACUGGAACAUCUCGGUCUGCAAGACUGCCAAAAACUAACAGACCAAGCCCUGAAACAUGUCAGCAUUGGACUAAUUACAUUGAGGAGUGUAAAUCUCAGCUUUUGUGGCAGCAUCACCGACUCUGGCUUACGUUUUUUGUCCAAAAUGCCAACAUUGUGUGAAAUAAACCUUCGAAGUUGUGACAAUAUCAGUGACAUCGGUGUUGGAUAUCUGGCGGAGGGUGGAUCUAAAAUCACCAAUUUGGACGUCAGUUUCUGUGAACGAAUCGGAGACCAGUCGCUUAUUCAUAUUUCACAAGGACUAUAUCGGCUAAAUAAUCUCAGUCUCAGUGCAUGUAACAUUAGUGACGAAGGAAUAGAAAAAUUGGUGCAGGGACUUCAGGAACUAUCAACACUGAAUAUCGGACAGUGUAACAAGGUGACAGACAAGGGCCUGCGUUUGAUAUCGGAGAAUUUACGCAAUCUUGCCUGCAUCGAUCUGUAUGGUUGUACAAAGAUAACAACUGUUGGACUGGAGCUUAUUAUGCAGUUACCUAGUCUGCGGACUCUGAACCUGGGCCUAUGGCAUAAGAAGUAGUCAGUGGUACUGGGCCAACCAAAUAGAGUGGAAGUCCAGGGACCCCUUCUUUACAUGUGCCGCACACAGAUGAUGUCCUGAAAGGCGUCCUCACAGACAAUGCUAGCUACAACUGAAUACUCUGUAACAAGUGUCUUUUAGAGAGGGUGUCCUAACAUCGUUUUAGCAAGAUGUGCAAUGUAGUGACAUCCAAGUCCAAAGUUAAGGAGCUAGGUCGUUUAUGUCUUAGUGAAUGUACUAAGAUUGGGUCACUCUAGUCUUGUAUUCCAAUCAUGACAGUGGUUGCCCAUCAAGAGGAAUAAAUUGGUACAUGGUAUUAUAAAUUCUAAACCGUGUCUGGUGAUCAUGUCCACCUAUAUUUUCCUUCUUCAACAACGUCAGUUGCUCUCAUUUUAAAAUGAGAAUUCCGAAUAAUGUGAAAAACUGCCUGGUAACAAACAGAAGUUCCCUAUCAUUCAGAAAAUUCCUGCCCUGUGUCUGCGUGUCGCCAUGGAGCCUUGGUUGCUCAUCCAUGGCAUGCCUGCUGGGCAAAAUCCGUAUUCAAUGGGAUCAUUGUCACUGUCCAUGCUUGAAUGAUUUCAAUGGCUCUGCCGCUGAAGAUAAUCAUGUACUGUGCAUAUUUGGCUUUUUAUGUGGAUGUACAGUGUGCUGUGUUGGUAUGCCGAUUGUAGGGUAUGGUGUAAUUUUUUGCUACAUUUGCACUUGGAUGACCUCCAGGCACUAUUGUCCAUCCCAUCUCGAACUGGAUUGGAGGAUAAGUUUUUAUCGGGGAGUUAAAAGUUGAAGGAGUCUACAUGAUUUGCAUGUACUAUGGCUACCUUUUGUUUUGGAAACUUUCACGACGCCUCUUGACCGAUGGUACAGUGCAAGGCCGGUCCUGAGCUUGAGCUGUCGCCGGGGGUGUUAUCUUAAAUAAUUAUGGUGUAAAGUAGAGCUUUGUUUCUCAUGGUAAAGCUGUGUCUUUACAGUGUUGCAUCAAUCCGGCAUGUGGUGAGGAACAUCAAGUUACUUCUGGACGGUGCUGUAUGAUGUUGUAAGAAUUUUAUGUACUUCUGUACAUUUGUGCUAUGAAAGUUUCGUCUUUGAAAUAAAGUAAAACCUGUACAUUUUGAAAUAUUGAUAUUGUACUGUAAUGAGACCGUGUUGAAGUUUGAUAAAUGACACUGUUAAAUUCAUGAGCAAUGGUGCUGAAAUUGAAGCAUUUUAUUUUUACAUACAUUACUCGUUUUGGAACAAAAAGACAAGGGGAACAUGAUGUGAAUAAAAUUACAC